UAUCCAAUCACCGCUCUGCUUACCUAACCAACCAAUCAGAGGCAGAAUAGGGGGCGGGUCUUCUCGCAGCUCGGCUGGAGAACAACCGGAGAAACGAACCGUGACGUUGUUGAGACUCGACCCGGAACUGGAGGCUCCACCGCCGGCUGCUCUCUCUGACUGUCCCCGGAACAGAGCUCCGUGUUGUGGGAGCCGCAGUGUGAUGAAGAGCCGGAGACCGUGACCCGGAGCCGGCCGCGCACCGAGUGAUUGACGGUGAUGGAUGCAGAGGGGGGGGGGGCAGUUCCUCAUGGCGGCAGACAGCUGGCAGCUGGACGCUCCGUUCGGCUCCGACCUGGUGUUCUGCGGCUCGGAGAAACCCCUGCAGGACUGGGCGGUAGACCCCGUCUGUGCGCCCGUGAAUCCCGACAGCGAAUCAGAGGACGUGCUCCACGGAGUCGACCCCAACGAGGUGUUCUGCAGUGGGCCGCCCGCCGACGCCUCGUCCGAGAGCGACAGCGGAAUCUCUGAGGAGACGGGGGCGACCGCCACGCCGACCCCCAUGACCCCCAUGACCCCUACGACCCCUACGACCCCUACGACCCCUACGACCCCUACGACCCUGUACCAGGUGGUUUAUGACAUCAGUGGGCUGGGAGCUGUGAAGGUGGAACCUGGACUAGAGAACGUGAUCUCCAUCGAGCUCGGGCGUGGUCUUCGCAGCAGAAACCCGAGCCCGAUCGAUGCGUCCACAGAACAGACGACAGCUUGGCGCUGUAAACGGAUCUGCCCCGAGGACACGGUGGAAAAGUGGGCAGCCGUGAAUGAUGCUGCAGAUUUACACUGA